UGGUACAAACCUAUCCUGUUCUGGCGUCGUCUGUCUCAGUUGUGCCGCAUGUGAGUAUGAUUAGCAUAGUUGCAUUUAGCAAAAUAACAUUGGUACCUUACUGUUACAGGCACUAUGGUUUUACCUUAACGGCCGAGGUGACGGAAAGCAUGCUGGUAAGAUACAUUAUCACAUGGAAUAUCUUGCCAAACAAGCAGGAACUCGAGUAUUCAACAGAAAAUCGCAGAAAAUUCAAAAUCAACAUCUCACAAAACCUGAAAGUGCUGAUUUAUGUGAAGCGGAUUUAUUUGCUAUGGUUGAGGAGCUUAAAUUUAUUGUACCAGUAGCUGAAAACCGAAACCGCAUUAAUGAGUUAUGGGAAUCAACGUUUGCCUACCGAUGCCAAUAUCGUGCCAACAAUGAUGUUUUGUCAUUCUUGGAAGAAUUUCCUGUAUCAAUCGCCUUCCUUGGCGAAUUGAUCGAAUAUGAUUAUCAACGUCUGACAGGCCGAAACAUCGUAUUCGUCAACGAAUGGUCAAAUUGGCAACAAAAAGUGCUGCAUGCGCAUAAAUAUAUGUUCAAAGAAAUCUCUGAUGGUAUUUACGAAUACCGUAAAACGGGGUAA